AUGAGAGAAGUCAAAUUAGUAAUAGAUCUAGAGGGAAUAUUAAAAGCCUAUAAAACGAUUGGCAGCAAAUAUGACAUGGAAGAGCUUUUUGGAUGCUAUUCUGAUAUGUUAUAUAUCACUAUACUAAGACAUGUACUUGAUAAAAAUAUAAGAAUAGAAAGCAAGCUGUAUAGCGAUGAAGAGAAAAAAUUCUUGGAAAAUGCAAUUAAGAAUCGUAUGUAUGAACAAUUUAUGUACAAUGAUGAGACAAAUGAAAAUGGAACUAUGUUUAAAUUAGGAAAGAGUUUAAGUCAUAGCAGAAAUAAUCCGCAAUAUGACUAUAAGCCUACUCGCCUGCUUAAUGAUCUUAUGGAACCAAAUAUAUUUAUAUACAACGCAGAACAAGGGAUAAAUAUGCAGUAUGACAUGAACAAAGCAGUAGAGAGCCUAGGGAUAGAUGAUGUGAAGUCAAGCUUGGGCACUCGAGAGUACACGCUAAAGAUUGAUGACACAAAGUUUACGAACCCAGAAAGCUUGUACUGGUCCACCUCUAUAAGUCUAAACAGAGAGUUUUUCUCUGUUUCAAACAAUUUAGAAAAUUUACGUAAUUUAGCAGAUAUGAAUAUUUUAGCAAAAUACUCAUCAGAGGAAAAACAGUACACUCUAAAGGAGCUGUACAACAACAAAUAUGAAAAAACCAAUGUAUCUUUAGCAGACUACGGGCUAUGUCUUAUUUUCGAAAAAAUUAAUGAAAUUAGAGCUUUAGUUAAAGAAAUCAAAGCAGCAGAAGCCGCCUCUGACAAAAAUGCUCUGAAUGAAAUUAAAAAGGAAAUCAGUGCUUUGUUCAGCUCUGGUGACUUGAGAAUAGCUGUUUCUGUUUACAACAAUAUCAGAUAUAUUAUGCGAGAGAAAAAAAUCCAUAGCUCCUUUAUUAAAACAUUGGAGCACAUAGUAAAUAACGAGAAAGUCUUAGAAGAAAAGGACGGACAAAAGAUACUGAAGCUAAACACAGACUUAAGCACUUUCUAUAUGGACCAUAUAACUAGCACAGGCUUGGAGCAAACAGUGAAAGAUACAAUGGGUGAACUAAUUAGAGAAAAAGUAGAAAAUUCUAGUUCUUGCACCCAAAAAAAGGAAGAAUGUAAGGAAAAAGAGGCAGCAUUAGAAGAAUGGAAGAGGACAACUAAACCAGAUUCGCAGGACUAUGCUCAAAUAGAAAGCAAAAAGAUAGAAGAGAUAGAAAGCCUAAAAUGUGAGAUUAACCAUUUGAACAAUGAUCGUAUGGUUUUACUAUGGAAAUUAAGAAAAGAAAAAAGAAAGCUUGAUGAUAUUUUCAAAGUUCAAAAUAGGUUUAGAUACUUAUUUCUAAUAAGCUCAGACCAGAAAAAAUACUUGAUCGAAAAGAUGAAAGAGCUGGUAGAAGCACAUGGCGUAAAAAUGGUCAUAGAUCGAGUAGAAACAGAGCUAAACAGACUAAAAACAUCUGAACAACCAGAGGCAAACAAUGCGCUUAAAGAGCACCAAGAAUUAGAAACAAAAUUAAAGGAGCCGCAAGAAGAAGCAGAACCAUCCGCAGAAGGGAUAGAAAAACAAAAAGCACCCAAAAUGCAGAGCACAGAAGAUUCUACACAACAAGUAGCACCAAAUGACCAAGAAGAGCCUAGUAGAAACAAAAUAUUAGAAGAACAGACACAGUCACCAUUCGACAAACAGUCACCAUUCGACAAACAGCCACCAUUCGAGGAACAAGCACCACCGCAUCCAGCACCCACAAAAAGCAAGUUUAUUUCAGCCCUAAAGAUUGUAGUGUCCGUGUUCUUAGUUGUUCUUUUUAUAGUAUUAACACUGAUCUUUGGCUACAGAAUAGAGAACAGAAUGAAAAGCACCAACAACUAA